AUGGCAACCGCCACAAUGGCGACAGCAGCAGGGGCAGCCGCACUUUUGUACUAUACGUUAAAUAAAAAAUUGCAAACGAGCCCCCCAUCUGGUGAUGAUGACGAAAAUGAAGGUGAUGUAAAUAGUCAUGCCCCAAUAGGUAUAGAUAGGGUUUCUCAUAGGCUUAUACAAGCUCCGGCAACGUGGUUAGAGACGAUUUCUACACUGUCAGAGACGCUUAGAUUCACAUAUUCAGAAACUUUGGGGAAGUGGCCGAUUGGAGACUUGGCUUUUGGCAUCAGCUUCCUGUUGAAAAGGCAGGGAAACUUGCAUGUCAGCCGAGAAUUUGGAGGUAAAGAUAGCUUGCAGCUUGAAGGACCUGAAAUUGCUGCAGAGCUUAGAUAUCUUUUAAAUUUGCUCACUCUCUGUUGGCAUUUCUCCAAGAAACCCUUUCCCUUAUUUCUGGAAGAGACUGGCUAUUCUCAAGAGGAUGUUAUUCUCCAAGAACCUAAAGCUGGAAUUCUGAAGCCGGCGUUUACUGUAUUGGUCGAUCACAAAACCAAAAGUUUUCUGCUACUUAUUCGUGGAACUCAUAGCGUCAAAGAUACACUAACAGCUGUAACUGGGGCUGUGGUCCCAUUCCAUCACACAGUGGUGUGUGAAGGAGGUGUUAGCAACUUGGUCUUGGGUUAUGCGCACUGUGGAAUGGUUGCGGCCGCUCGAUGGAUUGCGAAACUCGCCACUCCUUGCCUUCUUACAGCAUUAGGCGAUUAUCCUGAUUACAAACUUAAGAUUGUAGGACAUUCUCUUGGUGGUGGAACAGCCGCUCUUUUGACAUAUAUUUUGCGCGAGCGCAAAGAAUUGUCAACUUCUACCUGUGUUGCAUUUGCUCCAGCGGCUUGUAUGACAUGGGAACUGGCUGAAUCGGGAAACGACUUUGUAACUUCUGUGAUAAAUGGGGCUGAUUUAGUGCCCACAUUCUCGGCUGCAUCAGUGGAUGACUUGCGUGCUGAGGUCACAGCAUCUGCUUGGUUAAAUGAUCUGAGGAAUCAAAUAGAGCGCACGAGAAUACUUAGUACGGUUUAUCGAUCAGCUUCAGCAUUGGGUUCUCGCCUUCCUUCGAUGGCCACUGCCAAAGCAAAAGUUGCUGGUGCUGGUGCCAUUCUACGUCCCGUCUCUAGUGGUACUCAGGUGGUGAUGAGGCGAGCCCAAAGCAUGGCCCAAGCCGCAUGGUCUCGGCCCAGCCUCAGCCUAUCCUCAUGGUCCUGCAUGGGCCCCCGCCGCCGACCCUCAGCCCCACAAACCGACCCGUCCGAGCUCCUCAUCUCACCCACCGCCGACAAAAAACCCACAACUGCCCCGGUCUCCAAAACCGACACUCAAACCCCUAAAUCAUCCCCAAAAGGACCGACGGCAGAAAUCACCCUCGCUGAUGAUGAUGACAUCGAUGACGUCAUCGAUCACGAGGACCGCAUGACAGAAGUCGAGCUGUGGCAGCAGAUCGAGCGCGAGCUGUACGAAAACGAAGGGGUCAACGAGAUUGUGAAAGACGAGAUCCGUGAGGACGACGAGGUGGCGGAGGAGGAGGUCGUUACGGAUGGCGGGCCGGGAGGUGGGUCGGUUCCCAAUGCAAAGGAGGUGCAUCGGUUUUUUCCGGCGGGGAGGAUAAUGCACAUCGUGAUGCUGGCGACAGCGGAGGACGAUCGGGAGGGCGGUGGUUUGCCGGAGGAUGCACGAGAAGAUGGUGGUUCGCCGGAGGAUGCGCGAGAGGGCUGUGGUUCGCCAGAUGAGAGGGUGGCGAUUUUCUUGACUCCGAGGUCAUUGUACAGCAAGCUGAGGCUGUCGCAGACAAUGAUUGCCGACCAUUUCAUGCCGGUGUAUAGGCGGCAGAUUGAGAGGCUGAUUAGGGAGCUCGAGGGUGGGGGAAGUUCUUCCGGUGGAGUUGAUGAAGUUCAUUAG